AUGCGCCAGCGCCUGGUCGUGACCAACGACCGAGUCAAGCCCGCUAGGGCCACUGUCACCCUCGCCUACUGGCUCGCCGCCCGCGUGCUCGUGUCAACCAACGCUAUUCGAAACAUGGACCGAAAUUGGGACCAGGAUCAUUUCAACACGCGCGACUUGGACAAAGUAGUGGUUCGCAUUCACGUCUGUGCCUACGUGAACGAGUCCAAUGCUGGCGAUGAAGAGGGAAACCCGCCUACCAACCAUUGGGCCAUUUUCCUUGAACUUGCGGAUCAGAAUUCCGUCAGACUUGACAUGGCCCCCGGUUAUGGCUCUGAUGGGUUGCGAGGCAAGAUCGAGGUGGCUUCCAAGCGGUACCAGAUGACCGUGAAUGCUAUUCAUUCGCUGUCUUUUGAUGUCACCCCCGGAGUUACUGUUCGGACUAUCACAGACAUCAUCAGCAGCCACAAGAGGGAAGUACACAUUCACUGA